AUGCCUUCACAGGUAGCCAUCCCAACCGAGCCCAAUGUCGAGCCCCCUCUCCCUCCCCGCGAACAUUCCAACUUUGCCCUACGCCUCCGCCAUGGCCUCAAUCUAAACCCCGGCUUCUGUCCCGGAGCCGUGAAAAAGCGUCGCUUCAUUCCAAGCUCCAUGUCCAUCUCCCUCGGCGACGAUCUCAGGGAAGAUUAUUCUCGCUGCACCCACUGUGGCCUGGACAUCCACACCUCUUACCCCAAGUCCUAUACGCAAGACUGGAUUGGUUUCGCCCCCUACAGCCAGAGAUUCGCUUACGUGUCCCACGUGUCAGUGAACUGUCUGAUCUGCUGGGAGCACAAGGGGGUUUGGGUUGAGCCCAUGGAUAUCAACGAGUGGGCCUUGCAUACGAGAAAGCAUUUCAAGGACGACGGUUACCAGAUGCGAGGUAUCAAUGUCCAGCGAAGAAGUGCACCAAGAUACAUAGUUGAUGAAAGGCCGGCGUUGUUAUUCGCACCGGCAAGCCGGAGACCAAUUGGCGACGCCAGAUUCAUGUUAAUGAGGAAGCUCGAUGUAUCUCUUCUUUGUUUCAGAGCGGUUGGCGGCGAAGACGCCUCAUUCCUCUACUCAACCUCCGAGAGACCCACCCCAUGCACCGCAAUCCUCCCACUUAGUACCUCAUGUCUCGCAAUACAAGCAUUCCCCACCUUACCCAACUCCCCAUCACGCGACGCACUAAGUAAAUUACCGCCCACAAUCCUAAAUCCCCAACCUAAAGGCACGUUCAGGCCUGAGACACCUCAACCGUUUCGCUCCCCGAAUAGAGAUCUCGACACUUAUCCCCACGCUGUUGCACUUAUUCAAUUUUCGCUUUCAUACCACAUUCCGCCAAAAGCAGGGGUUUUCAGUAUGUACCUGUUUGUGCUAGAUGGAUUCAUGGCUAACCGGAGCAUCCUAGGGACCAUCUUCGAGAUGUUUCCCCUCUAUGUAUCUAUAAUUGGCCAGCAAGAUGGAUGCGUUUUAAAUAAAAUCGUAUCAUCGCUGCAGAAUUGGUUGUGUAUCAGGGAUAGCUCUGAAGCCACCAUCCGACCUGAGUGGCGUGCUGCAUGGAAGAUCAGAAAUACAGACCUGGUUUUGAGCCUCUUGCUCCGCUGCCGCUGCUAG